CUCCGUCACAUCCUCUCUUCUUCCUUUAACCUCCACAGCUGAGCAGCUCUCUCUUCACCGUUCAUCGCAUGGAUACUGCAGUUGUUGACAACAUGUGGAUAUUUUUAUAUUUAAUGUUUGAAUCGUGAAGGAUUCGCAGGGACGUAUGGAUACAGUUGGUGGUGAUAACUGGCGGAGACGCACGAGGAGCGCGCGAGCCUGCUGCAAACAACAAACCAGAGCAAGAGCUGACGAGUCCAAUGUGCUGCGGUGUCUGAGCGUUGGAAACACGGAAGACGGCCAUGACAUGGAGGAGGACAUCGGCCUCUUCAAGCAGGACAGUUUGGAGCGCAGGGUCAUGGCGCCCCGCUACAGCCUGCUGCGGGAGGUGGGAAGGGGCACAUACGGCGUGGUGUUCGAAGCGGUGGCCCGGAGGUCCGGAGCGAAAGUUGCUGUGAAGAAACUGCGAUGCGACGCGCCGGAAAACGUGGAGCUCGCUUUGCAGGAGUUCUGGGCGCUCGCAAGUCUGGAGAAACGGCAUGAAAAUGUGGUGCAGCUGGAAGAGUGUGUGCUGCAGAGGAACGGCAUGGCUCAGAAAAUGAGUCAUGGGAAUAAACGGUCUAAACAGUACCUGCGUCUGGUGGAGACUUCUCUGAAAGGUGAGAGAGUGCUCGGUCCUCCAGAGGAGCCUUGCUAUCUCUGGUUCGUCAUGGAGUUCUGUGAAGGCGGCGACCUCAACCAGUUCAUCCUUUCUCGGCGGCCCGACCCGCAAACCAACAACAGCUUUAUGCUUCAGCUGACCAGCGCCGUUGCUUUCUUGCAUGAAAACAACAUUGUCCACCGAGACCUCAAACCUGACAACAUACUCAUCUCAGAGAAGACGGGGACUCCAGUUCUCAAGGUGGCCGACUUUGGCCUGAGUAAAGUCUGCGCUGGUAUAGGAAGCACAAACGUGGGCGAAGACAAGAACAAAAACAUUAACGUAAACAAGUUCUGGUUGUCAUCGGCCUGCGGCUCGGACUUCUAUAUGGCUCCAGAGGUGUGGGAGGGCCACUACACAGCCAAGGCUGACAUAUUUGCCCUAGGCAUCAUCAUCUGGGCCAUGUUGGAGAGAAUUACUUUUAUUGAUGCUGAGUCUAAGCGGGAGCUGCUGGGUACAUAUGUGAGACAAGGAGUGGACAUUGUGCCGGUAGGUGAGGCACUGCUAGAGAAUCCAAAGAUGGUACUAAACAUCCCACAGAAACGCAGGUCAUGCAUGUCCGAUGGAGUGAGUAAGCUGCUGCAGGACAUGCUCGCCGUCAACCCUCAGGACCGGCCCGAUGCUUUCGAGCUUCAGGCCAGAAUGGACCAGGUUACCUAGAUGUGCUGCAUGACCAUCAAUCAGAUUGUUUUACAGGGAUGUCACAAGGAUCGAUACUUCAGUACCAAGUUGAUGCCAAGAUUCUGAAAACGUCUAUAGUACCGCAGGUACCAUUGAACACCUUUGGGAUUAACUAGAACAGAGAUUGCAAGCCAGGCUCACUAAUGCUCUUCUGGAUGAACGGGCAAACAUUCCCACAGACGCGCUCCAAAAUGUUGUAGAAAGCCUUCCCAGAAGAGUGGAAGCUGUUAUAGCUGCAAAGGGGGACCAACUUCAUAUUAAUGCCUAUGAAUUUGCAAUGGGAUGUCAUAAAAGCUCCUGAAGGUAUUUUGUGUUGGUGGCCCAAUACCUUUGUCCAUAUAGUGUAUGAACCUUUGUCCUCAGGUCUGUUUGGCCUUUACUUUGAUGGCUGUCAGUCAGUUGCAGAAAAUUACAUUUGCAGACUGAGGUGUUGAGACAUGUUCCAUGGAAUUUAUUUAUGUGUACAAGUGAGUGGUAAAGAGUGAGGGUGGGGUUGCUCUUACUGUCUUGCACAGAACCCGUUUUGUAACUUCAGUGACUGCCCUCAGUGUAUGUGUUCUUGUACAGUCUUAUGCAAUCUAAGACCCAGCUGCCCCCUGGCCCGGGGGCCACACUUCCAGUAGCACACAGAUGUCUGUGUUUUUAAGAGGUUGGGUGAGCAUGUACUGGCUUGCCCCUGUUGUUCUGUACAUAGAUAGUUCAUGUUAGUGCAUAUGAUGGUGAGCUGUUUGUCCCUCAACUGAGUUACCAGAAUUACUUUUUUUGUGUGUGUGUGAAAGACAUUGUAUCCUAGCUUUUGGAGGGGUAAGAGUGCAUAAUAUGUGAGCAUGGAGGGGGUAGGAGCUGCUCUGCUUACUGCCUGUCUGUCAGCUCACUGUCCCUAUCGCCAGUUGAAAUGACAUUGCCGGCUGUAAACGUAUCAGUUACUGUUUAUCGUUAAUUCCAUGAGUAACGUGCCAUAAUGUGUGUUCUUGUUUGUUUAGAGUAAAACACUUGAUCAGGCCAACAAAGGGGUGUUGUGUAUCGGCCCUCUCAGACAACAAAUGAUAGUCAUUUGUAAUUGUAGUUACUUACAAAUACAGAAGAACACCUGAGUAGAUUUGAUUAUAAUCCAAGAGGAUCAAGCAAGCUCUGAAAUGGCUACAGGCCAGCCCUUCACUGAAAUGGAAAAAUAAAUAGAGCCCAUGCAGCAGCAUUAUUUCUCCACCUGGAACGCACCAUGUUCAUUAACAAGUCAGCCAGCUCUGAUCAGCUAAUUUACAAAUUGAGAUUCAAUCUGAAAUCCAGAAUAAGAAUAAUUCACACCAAAUGCAAAGGCCAGUUUUCCGAUGUCAUUAUAAUAUUGGACCACAUGUAAGAGUGUGCAGGGUCUUUGUUCAUGGACUGUGCUGUUAAAGAACACACAUGAUGCAUUGUACUGCAUAGCCAAAAUGUAACUUCUAUGAGGUUGUUUUUCCUAGUACAAAAUCUACAAAUAUAAUGUUUUUAUGAAAUUGAUGGCUAGAAAUUCUGAGAAAUACUGCCUCUUGGUUUUAUUUUAGAGCUACUGUUUUGGAUCGUUGAUCAACUGUAAACAAUUGUACAAGAUGAAGAUACACCGAUGUCUAUCAAUGAGCCGUGUGAAACAAAGCCGACCCUAAUACCACUGUACAGUUGAGGUGGACUGAGUAUUUCUGUAGUUCAAACGACUCUAACCAAGUGAUUUAGUCUAGUGUCACGUCAAUUUCAGGAGUAUUUUUUAAUGUAUUUGAUAUACAGAGCAAGAACCCAAUCGCCCUGUUAUCAGCAACAGCCUGUGACUCUGACUCUAUCAGUAAAAUUAUUAUGCUAAAGAAAUUGACAUGUCAGUACUGGCCAUUGGAUCUUGUCUCUAUGGGCUGCAGGAUAAAACUCUAGCCCUGCUGAACUUCUUAAGUCAGUUAUGUAACAGAGUGCGUGAGGAAAAUCUAUGACGUUAUAGCUGGGCCCAAACUGUAUCUGUGAGUGACAAGCCAAGCGGCUGCACAUCUCGUAACAGAGCAGUCCCCUCACAUGGUGCUGCAGGACCGAAGGAACAAAGGACUGUUUGUGCUGCAGGAUACACCAGAGCCUCUGGCUCUCACUGCCGCACAAUGACUGAGAAUCCUCAACACCGUGGUUACAGACUGACAUGCUGUCAGACAUACCAACUGUGUUGAUGUAAGGUGGAGUGCAGGACCUGUAACUGAUUUUUAUUGAGAGAGAGCAAGAGAGAGAGAGAGAUACUGCAGUGACUCAGCAAAUCUCUGUGCUUCUGUAACCUUCACGCCCUCACUGCUGCACAAUAGGACUGAUCAUGUGAAUGCUGUUGGAUGAAAUCCUCAGGGGAUUUUCAGUGUGUUUUAUAACAGCUGACGACAGCAAAUAAAUACCUAUCAAGUUGGCAGCAUAGUAUUUGAGCACAAAGUGUAAGCACAGUUGUUCCAAGUUCUCUUCAUGAUGCAUAUUCCUGGGAACCCAUCUUAUCAAGGUCACUGUGUGAAGUUACUGAUGUGAUCACCAUUGGGCUAUUGUUUGUUCUGCAGCACAAAAAAAGAAACAUGUUUUUGUAUAUCGUCACCUUCUUAAACUAAUGGUCUAAGUCAUAUUUUGAGGAAAAUUAUAUCAUAAAAUUAAAUCAUCUCUUCAUAAUGCUGGCCACCUCUGAUAAGAUGUCCUAGAUCCUUACUGAAAAGACAAUGCUGUUCCUAUCCUGGUAGUAUAAUGGCAAGAGUGACUCAGGCAAUAAAAUAAUGGCCUAAGUCACAUUGUCUUGUGACUUUACAAGAUGGCAGCUGCUUCAAGAAAAAAGAAAAAUACCAGAUAAAUUAAGUUAUUUCCAUGGUUCAGGGCUCGUCUCGUGGUAAGAGAUAAUGUUUACUGUAAUAUAGGCUAGGCUGUAAAUGUUGUGUAGUUAUUUAGUGUUUUACUUUCACAAGUUAUAGUUUAAUUAUGAAGCCUCCCAGUGGGUUACAGACACUAAACAGCUCCUGUAGCUCCAUGAAGUACGAACGCAUUUCCCUCAGGGACAAUAAAGAUUAAUCUAAAGACUACUCUAAUCUUUCAAAAGUAACAGUUACUUUACAAUUACUGCAUAAUUAUAAAAAAGUAAUUGGCUACUAGGAAAAGUAACUUUUGUGUUUGUUGGCUUCAAUUCCUAAUAUUCUGUCUCUUCAAACAAUAUUUAAUUUGCAUGUAUUGUCUCCUUUUUUCCACAUUACAUUUCCAUCUAAAUAGGGAAGAUUGAAUAGUUUUGAAUUGAAUUUGGUCAAAGAAUAUUCAUCAAAAUAGCAAUAAUGAAUUAAUACAAGUGACCACAUGGCAAUUACAAAAAUGCUUUUCAGAAUGAUCAGACAUUUGUGACCGUACACCUACUUUUUGGUAGGAGAUGCAUUAGACUAUUCCGACACCGAUCAGGCAUCUUCAAAUGAAAAUGACACUGAGACCGUCAUUAAAGUGGUGGAGCAGCAUGUACCAGCUAAGACCCUGUUUCAGAUGGCGCAGGCAAUACCUUACACUCCCAUUGAAGAAGAGAAUGUUGCUGAAGAUGCCAAGCAGAUGCAUCCCUACCAUAAAGAAGACACAGAUGAUGAUGAUGAUGAUGUUAUCAUAGAUCCAGACUAUAAGCAUCCUCUGAUGAGUCCUCUGUCUCUGAAAAUGAAGACAGCCUGCCAGCAACUCCAGAACAGCAUGGUCCUCAUCUAGAGGAUAAGGAUGUUGAUGAAAACAAUACGGUCAAAAGGAAACAACAUAAAUACCUCAGCCCAGAAACAUCAAUCCAUGGAGAAACGUCUCAAAGGAAUGGCAUACAAGGCCAAAGGUGGCAACGAAAUAGCUGCGAAGGCUAUGGGUCCUCCUUGCAAUUCGAAGUUAUGUGAACGAGUCACAAAUCAAAUUUAUUUAUAAAGCCCAAUAUCACAAAU